AAGUGAAAGCAGAGCUCGUGAUAAAACGGCCCCUUAGGUUUGAGUUGGUACGUGACAAAGCGUGCCAAUUUUUUGGCUCCUUGUAUCUAAGCUAUUUGAUCAUAUUCCCCUACAGAAAAAAAAAACAGUAAUAUAGAUGAAAUUUAGUAGAUGCAAGGGGAAUCACAUUCCAUUUGGCAUUGGCAGAGUUGAUAGAUUGUGCCUAAAAAAAGAAGCUUUAAUGGUUAGUGGAAACUCAACUUGCAUGCUGAUGCUGACUCAGACACUCAGUGUUCUCUGCUUCAGGAAAGACAUGAAGAAGGUACCUAUUCCAGGGAAAAGAAACAUGCUGAUUACCAGUGCUUUGCCUUAUGUCAAUAAUGUCCCUCAUCUCGGCAACAUCAUUGGCUGUGUUCUUAGUGCUGAUGUUUUUGCUCGCUUUUGCCGGCUCCGUGGCUACAAUGUCCUAUACAUAUGUGGGACUGAUGAAUAUGGGACAGCUACAGAGACAAAAGCCAUGGAAGAAGGUUUAACCCCAAAGGAGAUAUGCGAAAAAUACCAUGCUAUACACAAAGAUAUAUACAAUUGGUUCGACAUAAGCUUUGAUGAAUUUGGACGUACAUCAACACCUCAGCAAACUGGAAUCUGCCAAGCAAUAUUUACAAAAUUGUUUAAAAAUAGGUGGAUUUCAGAAAAUACGAUGCAGCAGCCCUUUUGUGACACUUGUCAACGCUUCUUAGCUGACCGGUUUGUCGAGGGUACCUGUCCAAAGCCAGAUUGCAGUUAUGAUUCUGCUAGGGGAGAUCAAUGUGAAAAGUGUGGAAAACUAUUGAAUCCAGCUGAACUGAAGAACCCAAGAUGCAAGGUCUGUCGGGCUACUCCGCGAAUCAGAGACACUGAUCAUUUGUUCCUAGAGCUGCCAUUGCUGAAAGAUAUAUUAGUCAAGUACAUCAACAAGAUGUCAGUUGAAGGAUCCUGGAGUGAGAAUGCUCUUAAGGCUACACAAGCAUGGCUUAAAGAAGGACUUAAGCCUCGAUGCAUUACUAGAGACCUCAAGUGGGGAGUUCCAGUUCCCCAUGAAAAAUAUGAAGAUAAGGUUUUUUAUGUGUGGUAUGAUGCCCCUAUUGGAUAUAUAUCAAUUACUUCAUGUCAUACGAGUGAAUGGGAAAAAUGGUGGAAAAAUCCUGAAAAUGUCGAGCUGUAUCAAUUUAUGGGGAAGGAUAACGUACCAUUUCACACUGUAAUGUUUCCUUCUACACUUCUUGGAACCGGAGAAAAUUGGACCUUAAUGAAGAGCAUUAGUGUGACAGAAUAUUUGAACUAUGAAUCAGGAAAGUUUUCAAAGAGUAAAGGGGUAGGAGUGUUUGGGAAUGAUGCUAAAGAUACAAAAAUUCCAUCUGAGGUUUGGCGAUAUUACCUACUAACUAAUAGGCCUGAGGCCUCAGAUACACUAUUUACAUGGAAGGACUUGCAAGCAAAACUGAACUCAGAGUUGCUGAAUAAUCUGGGAAAUUUUGUGAAUCGAGUCUUGUCCUUCAUUGCUAAGCCCAAAGGACGGGGAUAUGGGUCAAUAGUCCCAGAUGCUCCUGGUGCAGAAACUCAUUGCCCGACAAAGGCACUUGCAGAAAGAGUUGGUAAAUAUGUUGAGCAAUACAUGGAUGACAUGGAGAAGAUCAAAUUAAAGCAAGGACUUAAAACUGGAAUGAGCAUAUCAAGUGAAGGAAACGCUUAUCUGCAAAAUACUGAAUUCUGGAAGCUGUACAAGGAAGAUGAAAGUUCAUGUGCAAUUGUUAUAAGAACAUCAGUUGGGCUGGUCUAUUUGAUAGCAUGCUUGUUAGAACCGUUUAUGCCAUCAUUUACUAUGGAGGUAUUCAAGCAGCUGAACUUGCCUCCUAAGAAAGUAUUUUCACUUUCUGACAAAGAUGGCGAUUUAGGACAAGUGAGCAGACCAUGGGAAUUCUUGCCUGCUGGUCAUGUUAUCGGAACUCCUGCUCCUUUAUUCAAAGAACUGACAAAUGAAGAAGUUGAGCAUUUUAGCAGGAAAUUUGCUGGAUCUCAAGCUACCAGGGCUGCAACAUAAAUCUAUGCCUUUGUGGACUGUGAUAAAUUGGUCAUACUUUGUGUAUUUGUCAUCUUGCACAUAUUAUUCUAGAACCAUGAAUUUCUUUUUUCCAAAUUAGCCUGCUAAUUAUCAAUGAUUAUACAUCACUAGUUUGCAUUUCACAAUAGAUUAAUUAAUCUCAUAAUAUCAAGGGAGUGUUUUAGACA